AGGAGUAAGAGAGCCAAGAUAGGGCAGUCCCAUUCCUUUUCCAUCGGUGUGAGCAAGCUUUAUUUGACAUCUGUACAGACCAGUGGUGUAGUCUACUUUUUUUAAGUGGGUAUACUGUAUAUUCAAACAUUUUUUGAAGUGGGUAUAUUGUAUAUAUUUAUGCUAUUCUAAAUAAUGGAUCAAUCAAUUUUAAGUGGGUAUACUGAAGUCCCUAAAAUUUAGAAGUGGGUAUACUCCGUAUACCUGCCUGCGUUCUACAUAGACUACACCACUGGUACAGACAGACAGCAGUGAGACAUACCGCAUAACAGUGCUCUCGGGUCAGGGGAAGACACCCUUCGUUGCCUCUCCUGUGAUCUGGAAACGUAAGGUGCAGCUUCACACAUGGCUCCGCUGAGGAAUAUCUCCAGAGGCUAUGCACACACUUCUUUCCCAUCAGCCAACCCUAAUCAACACAUGGUCUGAUUGCUCGCUAUCAUUCUCACCUCUACCCCUGCCUGAGCCGCUGCCUGUGCCUCUGGACCCCCCCUCCCCAAGCCAAAGCCUCUGGAGCCAUGGGCAGCGUCAGCAGUCUCAUCCCAGGCCACAGCCUCAGCAGCAAGCACUGCCGCGCCUCACAGUACAAACUCACCAAAAAGGGAGCCAACUCGAAACAACGCUCGGGCAGGGGCUUGGACGGCCUACUCAAGUAUGGCUUCUCUCAGGACCCCAGUGGAACCAAUAACAACAACAAAGGCCUUUUGCAUCCGGGCAAUAGUGAGGACUUCUUUUACAUUAAGGUGGGCCACAAGUCCAAGACAAAUCAUCGCAGGAACGUAGGAGCCAUGGAGGAUCGGGACGGACCCCCGGCGACGGACAUUGAGGCUGGCAGAAGAACUCCCCCAGAGCUGAUACCAAUGUCUGGCAAGCUGGAGAAGAGUGCCGAGAAGGCCCUCAUCCGGCCCACGGCCUUUAAGCCGGUGCUCCCCCGCAGCAGCAGCUCCUCCAUGGAGACUCACAACAGCCUGAAUCAGAUCCUGGGCCACGGCCUGAGCCCGUCCGAAAGGGCAAAGUGCACGUCGUCAGAACCCAAGCAGCAGCAGCAGCAGCAGCAGCAACAGCAGGAUGCCGGCUCGGGAACGCUGACGGACUCGGGACGCGACUCCAUGUCCAGCCUGCCGACCCACAGCACGGGCUGCGGCAGCCAGCUGGACGGCACCAACGCCAGCAUAAGCACCAGCGCGUCCAAUAGCCACCUGCUACGUUACAGCGGCUCCUCCCACAGCGUCACUUUGCUGCAACAACAACAACAGAACCAGAACCAGAGCCACCAGCAUCUGCAUCAUCAUCUGAACUCUGCCAACUCCUCAGGCCUGAGUAGUGGGUCAGGCGGCUCCACGUGGGUCGGCGAAAACGGCGGGAUCGGCGGCGAGAUGACCGUGGGGAGCUAUAUGAACAGCACAAGCAACGGAAUAACUAGCGCUAACACUAGCCCUAAUGGUAAUGCUAACUUACGCCCAACAUCGACACUAGACGACAGCCUCAUGGCAGCAAUGAACUUGAACAAAGACAUAGCUGCGGCUGCCACAGCAGCAGGCCUUCACCAGUCCGACACGCCACGCUCACUCCACAGCCUGGAGCUGUUCUCCGAAUCGCCUCCAAACACCAAACCAAAGAACUCCUCCGCCUCCGCGCCUGGCACGACAACAUCGUCGUUUGAGCUGGCAGCUACCAGCAGUGGCAGCGGUGGGUGCUGCGUCCGUUCGCCGAUCUCCACCGACGACUCGCUGAUCUUCCAGCUGGAGCGGAAGCUUCUGGAGCGGGAGUCGGAGCUGCAGGAGCUGCAGGUGUGCCUGGAGGACAAGGAGGCGGAGACCUGCCAGCUGUUUGAGGAGAAGCAGCGCUACUGCGCCGAGGAGAUGCACGGCCUCAAGCAGCGCUGCUCCACCAAGCUCAGGCAGGCAUCGCAGAGGGCCCUCAAGGCACAGCAGGUCCUUCAGCUGCAGGUGGUGCAGCUGCAGCAGGACAAGGAGCAGCUCCAGGAGGAGGUGGAGAGGCUGGAGCGAGACCGGGAGGCCGCCGAGGGGAGGCUCCGCAGCUACGAGAGGGAGAAGAGCCAGCUGGCCCCUACCCUGGAGGAGACGCAGUGGGAGGUGUGCCAGAAGUCGGGCGAGAUCUCCCUGCUGAAGCAGCAGCUGAAGGACUCCCAGGCGGACGCGGCCCACAAGCUGGGGGAGAUCGUCGGCCUGAAGGGGGCGCUCCGGGAGGCCAAGGCCAAGAUGGAGGAGCUGGAGAGGAAGAACAAGGAGAACGAAGACGCCCUUCACUCUCGCUGUGCAGAGGUCGAGGUGUGUCAAAACGAGCUCCAGAGGAAGAAGAACGAGGCCGAGCUGCUGAGGGAGAAGGUGGGCCGCCUGGAGACGGACAUCAAGGGCAUGAAGCAGGAGCUCGGACUGGCCAAGGAGGAGCAGGUGAAGCUGCAGAGCAGCCGAGCCAAGAUGGAGGAGGAGCAGCUCAAGCUGCAGAUCGCCAGAGCCAAGAUGGAGGUCUUUGGAGUGAAUGGAGGCAAAAAGGAGGGAGUUGAUUCCGUUGGCAAUGGCAAGGCGGAGGGCAACGGGCUGGUGGCGACGCAACAGACGGACAGGAUGGCGGACACGGACACGGCCACGCUGCAGAGGGAGGUGGAGCGCAUGAGGAAAGAACUGGUGGAGGAGAGACAGAAGAAGGACAAGAUGGUGAACAGUUUUCAGCAGGAGAGGCAGACGUGGAACAAGGAGAAGGACAAGGUGAUAAGAUACCAGAAGCAGCUGCAGUAUAACUACUUGCAGAUGCACAAGAAGAAUCAGGACUUGGAGAAAAUAUUGCGAGAGCUGACAGCAGAGAUGGAGAGCCGGCCAGGGCUUGACAUGGACAUCCACAGUUCUCCACAUCGCUAUGACAACAUGGUUGCCACAGAGAUAUAAGGUCGUAGAUUAAUGACAGCGCACAAUUCUUUUGAGUCAAUGCAGUUGGAACAAGUUUUGAGAUUAAUAUUACAAUCAUCAAUAGGUUUUGUUGAUCAUUCACAUCUGAGACAUUGAUGAUAAUCAGUUCAACAGCACAAUGCUUAUCUUACUGAUGGUCUAUUGGAUAUUACUAUUAUAUUGAAUAUAGGUUGGUAAGCCAGAAUUACACAAGUCUCUUUAGUACAAAAAAAAGAUUUCCAGGAGAUAACCCUCAAAAAUGUCUGAACUCUUGCCAUUAUAUUAUCUUUGUUGAAGCAAACGUGCCACACAGAGUCAAAACGAAGCCACUAUAUAUUCACUGACGAAUAGACAGAGACAUUUCCACAUAGAGGUUUGUCCUCAAUCACACAGCUCUACUCUAUAAUCUAUAAAUACGUAAUUAACCUGAAAUGUAGUCCAUGGCAGCCUCAGGCUUAAUGUUGCUAAUAAUAGACAUAGCACUGUUAGCACUGGUUUCCUCUUGUUAUCAACUAGCUCUGUAACCGCAUGUGUACUCCAAACCCAGCUGUAAACUAUACAAUUGUAUUGUCUGUCUGUUGUAGUUUGAAGAAGAACCCUGUACACCACAUACUACAGCUGAAACAUUCGAAAUCGUACUACUGCCAGAACAUGAGGGGCACUAGACCAGCAGUUAGUCCCCUGUCAGAUGCACAUAAUAGUCAGUUCCUUCAAAAAUAUAUUCAAAAAAACAGUUGGUGUAAAUGGCUGUAUUUGAUCCUUGCAGGACAGAUGUGUUGAAUAUCCUGAAGCCUGUUACUGUUGCUCAAACUAGUUGUAAACACAGUCAUGAAAAAACCUUGUCCCACUAAUGCAAACAUCACAACACACCACCUCCAACGCCAGAUGUAUAGUCACAAAGCUUGGCACCACUAACGACAGUGAAUAUAUGGACCCUGUAUAAACAGCGUUUGUGUGAACUCUUAACUUCCCUGAUAAGACACCACAGAUGGAGCUUGCACCUGUCGUAGUACACCUGUUAGCCCCCUAUUAGUCAUGAUGUCUAUGUCAGGAUGUGUCCAAGAGACUAAAUGGUAUAAUGGUAUGAAUAGGCCUACUAUAUGAAAACAGGGCAAGGAGAUUUUUUUUGUGGUAUAUUGGCAGCUAGGUGACAUCAAACUGAAUUCCACCAGAAGCCUAAUGAUUCAGACAGAAAAAAAAUGUAAAAGAUGGAACCAAAUGAAUAUUCAACAGCAAGCUGGUUGAGUAGUAAUGGCCUUAAAAAUAACAUGGAUGACAAGGCCUCUUGUAAAUAAGAAUGUUAAAGCACUGUUUCACUGAUACAAAAAGCGCAAAUGACAUUAUCACCAAAAUAAGCAAUCGCUAUCUGCAAAAGCAUUUUGCUCAUUCCUAUGAAACCCAUAAAGUAAUGAUUAUGAUAAUGUUUAUAAAUCCAUGAAUCCAAACAAAGCUCUAAUGCGGAGGGAAAUCACUAAGAGCCAUGGACCAACAUCAAAUGCCGAGUAUGUUUGGCAACCAUUCAGUGACCUCCAGUGGUGAAGAAAUAACAAUACAAAAUGCCUUCUUCUUGUCGUUGAAUAGUCAUGAAUAUGUUUCUGUGUUGAUAUCAAGACAGGAUAUAUGCAAAGGCCAUAUCAAAUCUGCGGUGGAUCAUUUUAGAAUAGGAUCGCUACAAAUAGGCUAUUUGAGAAUUCACCACAAAGAAGUGAGAGAAAUUAACGAGACUACAUUGUGAUGAGCUGCUUGUUGAACUGCUUGUUUUGGUAUCUUCACAUGUGUUUCUGUAUUUCAGCUACUGCUAAUGUCUUUCUUGACUGCACUUAACAGUAAGGGGAUAGGGGUCACAGUCUGUUGGCAACUCCUGAUUAUCUACGUACGUACUUUCUAAAACAAGACAAAAAUGUAGCCUAGGGAUUUUCUUUUUUUUCUUUUCAUCUCAACAUAUCAGUGUCAAACUUGUUGUUACACCUCAUUUUCAUCAACGCUCACCCUCACCUCUUAGUAAGGCCUGUUUGCAAAUGUUAUCCACCCAAGCACUAUAAACAGGUGUGGUUGCCCACUACUAUGGCAAUCUGCAACUGUUUUUUUUGUACUCGAAUGUGUAUGUAAUGUAUAUUUCUAUUUAUUUUAAAUAAACAAA